UUCCGCAUUGCAAGGAGCUUCUUAGCCUUCAAGACAUUUUGAACAUUUACGGUGAAAACGUGACCUAUGGAGACCUACGAUAUUUGGCAAGUUGUGUAGAAAACAGACUGAACGAAGGAGAACUGGAUAGCUCUCCUGAUGGAAUAUAUAAGACUGAGGUUUCAGUCUCUGGGAUUAUUCCUCCUGCUCAUCCAAAGCCAAUGUCUCUCAAGUGCAGGGAUCACCAAGCCCAACUUUGUACUUAUGAUGGUGGACGACCUCGGCAUAGGGGACAUUGGAUGCUACGGGAAUGAUACGAUUAGAACCCCAAACAUCGACAGGCUUGCGCUGGAAGGGGUGAAGCUCACACAACACAUUUCUGCUGCUCCUCUCUGCACACCCAGCAGAACUGCGUUCAUGACAGGACGUUAUGCUUUGCGCUCAGGUCUUGGCAGCACAGGGAAAGUGCAGGUUAUUCUCUUCCUUGGAGGCUCAGGAGGUCUUCCUCCCAAUGAGACCACCUUUGCCAGACUUCUCCAGAAGCAGGGUUACAGCACAGGCAUUGUGGGUAAGUGGCACUUGGGUGUGAACUGCAAGAGCAGGAAUGAUCACUGCCACCACCCCAACAACCAUGGUUUUGACUACUUUUACGGGCUUCCCUUUUCAAACUUUAAUGACUGCAAGCCGGGGGAGGGCAAGGACAUUCUGGUGGACCUUCAGGUGGCGCUGUGGCAGUUGUCCAUGCUGGCGGGUCUAGGCUUUCUGACUCUGGUUCUGGUGAGGCUCACUGGUCUUCUGGAGGUCAGCGUGAAGCUGCUCACAACUCUGGCAGCCCUGUGCCUCCUGGGCUUCAUGGUAUGGUAUGCACCCUUCGGGCUCAUGCGGACCUGGAAUUGCAUUGUCAUGAGGAACCAUCGGGUUGUGGAACAGCCCACGAACCUGGACACGCUGAAUGAACGGCUUAUGACAGAGGCGGAGCGGUUUGUAGAAAGGAAUCAGAACAGGCCCUUCCUGCUGUUCCUUUCGCUGGCACAUGUCCACACGCCACUGUUCAUAUCGAGGGACUUUUCUGGGAAGAGCAAGCACGGUCUGUAUGGUGACAACGUGGAGGAGGUAGACUGGAUGAUUGGCAGAAUGGUGAAGACUGUUGAGGAGCUCAACCUUUCUGAGAGGACACUGAUGUAUUUUACCUCUGAUCAUGGAGGUCAUGUUGAGGAUUCAGACACACAUGGCCAAAAGGGGGGCUGGAAUGGAAUCUAUCGAGGUGGGAAAGCCAUGGGGGGCUGGGAAGGGGGCAUCCGCGUACCAGGAAUAUUCCGCUGGGUCGGACGUCUGCCCUCAGGCAGAGUUCUGGAGGAACCCACAAGUCUGAUGGAUUUGUUCCCCACCCUGGUGAAGCUAGCUGGGGGAGAGAUGCCCCAGGACCGAGUUUUGGAUGGACAUGACCUGAUGCCACUGUUGGAGGGGAAGACGCAGCGCUCGGAGCACGAGUUCAUGUUCCACUACUGCGGCGUGUACCUGAACGCUGUACGCUGGCACCCUCCUGACAGCGAUUCUGUCUUCAAGGUGCACUUUUUCACACCCAAUUUCUCCCCUCCUGGAGCUGUGGGCUGCUACCACACCAAACUGUGCAUGUGUCACGGCGAAUUCGUCACCUGGCACGACACGCCACUCGUGUUUGACCUGUCUAGGGACCCGUCGGAGAGGGCUCCCCUGAGGGGAGAAACAGAGCCCCGCUAUGCAGAGGUGCUGUGGCGGGUCCGGGAGGCUGUGGAGAUACACCACAGGACACUCAGCCCCGUAGAGAACCAGCUCUCCUGGGGAAACAUCUUGUGGAAACCCUGGCUGCAGCCAUGCUGCGGCAUAUUCCCAUUCUGCUCCUGUUCCGAGGACAACUCCACCUUCACACACAACAUUGGGGAAUUAUAAAGCUAAAUACCAGUGCAGCUUUGUUCAAGUUUUGAGACAAGGGAAACAGUCUUGAUCAACACCUUUUUAGGCUUUCAGAAAGCCUGGGGUAUAGUCAGAAUUCAGCUUGCUCUUUAAUAAAGUAGGGCUACCAUCAACACCCCCCCCUUUGAGUUAGAUGCUCAGAGAUUUAGCACGCAUAGUUGUAUAGCUGUAGAUGAAACUACUCUGAUGUACUGCACAGGGUUUACAUCACAGUGGCAGCUUACAUUGGUCAUUUGUAACAAACCUCUUUUGGCUUGUAAUAAACAAAGAAAGAUCA